AUGGGAGCUAAGGUAAUAUUGAACAUAGUUCUGCUGAUUUUGGCUUUCUCCAAAUCAAAUGCAAUCAUCGUAGACUCAAAGUAUGAUUACCCCAACAUCGACUACAAAUAUUCAGGGCUAGGACCGACAAAGGAGGACUUUCCGAUGUUGGACGACGUCGGCAGAUUCCCGAGAGGCACCCCCAUAGAGGACUUCACCUCAAUAGAGGGCAAAAAUGAAGAAAAAUCAAACGAAAAGUACCGCUACAGCGAAAUCAUGAUGGGACCGGCACGAAUCGCCGACCGCCAAGACUGGGGCGGCCACGAGUCCCACCACGACCAUCACGAAGAGGAAACGCACGCGGAAGUCCACUACCACCAGCACAAGCAUAUGCACAAGCACAAGCACCAGCAGGAGCACCAGCACAAGCACAAGAACGAGCACAAGCACGAGCACGGGCACAAGCACGAGCACCUCAACCAUCACGCGCACCACCACGGCCACGAGCACAAGCACGGCCACCACAACGAGCACAAGCACCACCACGGCCACAAGCACGAGCACAAGCACAAGCAGGAGCACAAGCACGAGCACAAGCACGGCCACAAGCACGAGCACAAGCACAAUCAGGAGCACAAGCACGACCAUCACCACGGGCACAAGCACGAUCACCAUCAGGAGCACAAGCACAGCCAUCACAACGAUCACAAGCACGAUCACCACCACGGGCACAAGCACGAGCACGGGCACAAGCAUCACCACGGGCACAAGCACGAGCACGGUCAUCACCACGGUCACAAGCACGAGCACAAGCACGGCCACAAGAGUCACCACCAGCACAAGCAUCACAAGGGUUGA